AUGAAAGAGCCAGAUCUUGAGUUAUUUGUCUCUAAUGCUAGGAAGACCCUAGUAGAAGCACAAGUUCUUUGCCAGGAGGCUAGUAUGAGAAUAUCGGGUGCCAAAGGUAGCCUGUCUCGAUGGCAGCAGGAAGUAUCCAAAAUAAAGUUUAUGAUUAUCAGUCUGAAAAAUCAGGGAGAGUUUCUCUACAAAUGCAUACUGAAGGUGGGAAUUGGGGAGAAUUUGAUCAAGAAAGAGUGGUCACAGGGUUUGCUGGUGGACCUGAUUGACAGUAUGAAAAGUUGGCAAGAGCAGUUAACUACACGGAUUGCCCAGCUGGAUGGUGUUGAUAACAAACUAGUGAGCUCUGAUGAUAAUGGAGAGCAUGUUAAGUUGGGAGAUUUUAUUCCAAAGGAGAAUGCACAUAUUCUGAAUGAGAGAUUAAAAGAAAUACCGAUCAUUCGCCGUCAGAUUGAUAACAUAAAAUCACAAUACUCAAAUAUGAUGAAGAAGGUUCAAGAGCAGGUAAUUCAGACCAAGUUGAAGAAUCUUGAGACCUUGUUUGAGGAGAAAUAUGGGCCCUCUUCGACGGGCAGCAUUGAGUUAGGUGAGAGUUAUCUUUUAGAAAUGACAAAUUUAGAGCAUGAAUUAGUAGAAUAUUUGAACUCUCUGACGGAUCAUUUUGACAAAUGUAGGUUACUUCAAUCAGGCGAAUUACAAGGCCAGAAUAAACAAGAAUUACUGGAAAUUGUGACGAGAGACAAUAGCGAGUUGAGUUCCGUUUUGGUGACAUUAAGAGACACUAUAGAAGAUGUCGAUAAAUUACUCCUAAAAUUCAGAAUUACUUUAGAGAAGAAUAUGGCUGAUGGGAACCAGCUUCAAACUGAUAUACAAAAAAAUGUGAGCGAGUUCCAAAAAUAUCAGGAAUACCUUGUAAUCUUUAGGGAUAUCUCUGAACUGAUAUCCACUUUUAGGGAAACUUGCCUGCAGGAGAUUCAAGUUACGCAGGAAUUAUGUGACUUUUAUGAAAACUUUGAGGCCAGUUACUAUAAGCUAACUGAGGAAGCAGAUCGCAGGCGUUCUGUCGCUAAGCAAAUGGAAGAUUUGAUAUCUGACUGUGAAAACAAAUUACAAAAAUUGAGUAAUGAUGACCACAAAGCUCGUGAGAGGUUCCUGUCACUAAACGGAGAUUACUUGCCAGAGACCAUUUGGCCAGGUAAAAUUGAUGACUUUACGCCCCUAUAUUCAUUGCAAUAUACCAUCAAGGACAUCUAA